AGAGCCGGGUCCUGCUGCUCUCCAACUGACGUGUCGCAUUGGAUUGUUAUUGGGGGAAAAAAAACACGGAGCUUCUUUAGAUGCCAUUUCUUUAACCAGCUGAAACGAUGGCUGAACCAAGCAGACAGGAUAUUUCUGCCAUUUUCAAGCGUCUGCGUUCCAUUCCAACGAAUAAGGUUUGCUUCGACUGUGCAGCUAAAAACCCCAGCUGGGCCAGCAUCACCUACGGGGUGUUUCUCUGCAUAGACUGCUCUGGGACUCACAGGUCAUUGGGAGUGCACCUGUCCUUUAUUAGGUCCACUGAGUUGGAUUUUAACUGGUCAUGGUUCCAGCUUAGAUGUAUGCAAGUGGGAGGCAACGCCAGUGCUAUUGCAUUUUUCAAUCAACAUGGGUGCAAAGCUGGUGCCGCCAAUGCUAAAUACAACAGCCGUGCCGCCCAGCUGUACAGGGAGAAGAUCAAAACUUUAGCCACGCAAGCUACCAGACGUCAUGGCACUGAGCUGUGGCUUGACAGUCAGGGUCCUCUUUCUCCAACCUCACCCGAGGACAAGCAUGUGGACUUCUUCAGUUUGCAUUCACAGGAUGUGCCUGAAAAUCUAAACAUGGCCAAAAUGAGUCUCAGCAGCCCCACACUAGAAAAGCCUUCCACCGAUGAGAAAGAUGAGGAUCGAAAUGGAAAUUCAGAAGAGGGCCCAAGUGUUGAAAUACUAAGCGUUUCCCCAAAAGCAAAUCCAGAGCCAUCCUCACUUCUAAAAAAGAAGCCAGCACCUGCCAAGAAAACGCUGGCCUCUAAGAAAGGCGGCCUGGGCGCCCAGAAGGUCAGCAGCCAGAGUUUCUCCGAGCUGGAGAAAGCGGCUCAGGCUGCCGACAAACUCCGGGAGAAAGAAGAAAGCUCCGCCACAGGCGCCAAGAGGAACAUCACACCUGAGGACUCCAUCGCUUCAUCCAUGCGUCUGGCCUACAAAGAUUUAGAGCAGCAGAAGAAAAUCGGGGAGCAGAAGCUGAAGGGGUUGGAGGGGAAGAAGAAGGAGCAGGCCGAGCGACUGGGCAUGGGUUUGGGUAUGAGGAGCGGAGUUUCUCACUCCGUCAUGUCAGACAUGCACAUCAUCCAGCAGGAGAGUCCGCUCGGAGCCAAGACCACCAAGGGCCGCAGGUUUACUGAGGAAGACGAGUACGACGGGACGUUUAGCUCAAGGAAUGUUUCACGGUUCGAGGAUCAAACGGAUACCUUUGAUAGUUUCUCUAUGCGUUGGGGAAAUGAUGGCGGCAGCGGAGGAGGCUGGAUGAAGGAGAGCAAGAAACCAGAGCCGGACUUCUUCAUGUCCGCCGCCGUGUCUUCAUUUGACGACAGGCCUGUUGCCAGGAGAAAAGCUGACUUGCCAUCCUACUCGGAUUCUGGAGAAGCUCAGAAAAAGUUUGGAGACGAUGUCAAGGCGAUCUCAUCUGACAUGUAUUUUGGAAAACAAGACAACUCUGAGUACGAAACCAGGACGCGACUGGAGAGGUUUUCAGGGAGCGCCUCGAUAAGUUCAGCAGACCUUUUUGAUGAUCCAAAGAAAGAAACUGGAAGUUCAUACCGUCUGAGCAACGUGCUGCCCAACGCUCCCGACAUGUCGCAGCUCAAACUCGGCGUGCGCUCAGUCGCAGGGAAACUGUCAGUCAUGGCCAGCGGCGUAGUCAACACAAUUCAGGACCACUACAACUCCUAAGUGGCAGUGCGAACGUAAAUCCAGGAGCUCAGACAUCGACGCUCGUAGCAAGUCUGCACGUUUACCACCAAAAUUAUUCUUUGUAUAUUUUUGGUAUUAAACAACGUGUGCAGAUAUUAAAAAAAAUGGAAAAAGAGAUGAUUUUUUUGUUUAACUUGGAGACUUGAAUAUUAAUUACUCUGCUUUAAGGUUUCUGGGUUUGUGUAUUUAGAAGUGCUGUAAUUAGCAGAUGGAGUAGCUUCGUGGUGUCAUGAAGAGUUUUUCCUUAACAUUUUCUUUUUUUUUUUUUUUGCUUAUUUAUCUGAUCAAAUCCACAUUAUUUGGGUUUCACCAGGUCAUCAUGCCGUUACAAGUUCCUCUUGUUGAUUCAGAAAAGCUUGAAAGUGUCCUUUUAGUCCCCGAAGUGCACUUAGGUUUGCUUCCUUACAGAGCGGACCAAAAGACGGCAGAAACCGUAAGGGACCAGAUGGGCUACUAUUGAUUCUUUGAGUUGAGGUCAGACAAAUGAAGUUACCAAAAGAAGAAGAACUGAUUCAUUAAGCUUUCAUACAAUAUGGCCAGAGGUUUAUUGACAUCCAUCUUGAAUGUCAUUUUUAAUUUUGGGCUUCAGUUAAACUACUUUUUUUUUGUUUCGUCAGGGUGAAGCUUUUAGGUAACGAGCAAUUUUAGUGUCUUUAAAAAUGAUGGAUUGUUUUGUAUAAUCAUUCCGUCUUGAAAAACAGUUUGAAAUGCAUCUGUAUAAAAAAAUGGCAAAUAAUAUUUAUGUCCAUAUUUAUCAUGGAGUCGGGUGGUUAGCUGAAAAGGCACAAAAAAUCUUUAAGACUAAAUUAUAAAUGCAAAACUGGUUUCCUCCUCUGAAUUUUAUCACCAAAGACGAUCACUAUAUAUAUAUUUUUUGUUACUUAAUUACCACUUUAAAAAAUCAGUUUACUUCAAGUAGGUUCAUUACACUGUUAAAAGUGUUUAAUUCAAAUUUGGCUGACACUAUUGUAAUAUUAAACUUUACUAAAAUUAAACGUGCGCCUUUAAUGCUGGUGCGGUUGGGUUUUGUAUAAAUUUACAAAAUUCUUCUGUAGGAAAUCUUGUCUUUUUUUUUUUUUUCUUUUUUAAUCUUCGUCUCUGCUUUUUAUAAAUAUAAACCGUCCCAUUCUGAAAAUUGCCACCUCUUUAGUUAACUAAUCUUGAUGAAAUAUCUGUAUAUAUUUGGCAUGCAAAGUGGGUUUGACUGCUCGUCCUGGUUCAACUCAAUAGUUUACUGGUAAAAAAAAAAGAAACGUCCAGGAAUCCACACAGACGGAGCAGAAGUUAUUCACUAAACACUGCCGAGGAUUUGCUUGGAAAAUGUAACAGUUAGGCGUUGGAGCCGGAUUUCCUAAACGACCAUCUGCUGUUUUUUUGGUGUUUUUUUGGAAGUCUGUUACCGUCCAAAAGAUGCACUACUCAUACCUCCUAAAUGUCUAUUAUCCAUUACUUGACUGGUCAGAGCUAUUUUGGAUAGGAUACAUUAGCAUGUUUUUUUUUUUUUUUAUUUUGGAGGCAAAAGUCAAAGAUUUUUACACCGUUAACAGAAUAUUUGUUUGCUCCCAUCACCAUAAGCCUUGGCCCAAGUAUCAAGGUUUUUUUACUUGACCUGAUUGUAAUGUUUUGGUGUGAUUCUUGUUUUCCGUUUACUCAAAAUUAGUUUGAAAAUUUGCACAUGGCAGCUUUGGCCUGGUUGUUUUUGGUCUCUGAGUUAAAGAUGCAUUUAUGUUUGCUUUGUCUCUUUUUUGUAUGACGUUUUGCUUUGUUACACGUUUUUCUUUGUUUAAUUUUGCAUGUUCCCUCUGUAAUUCGUACAAGACAAAUCCUGAAAAUAAGAUGAAAUCAUAGUUUCCAGUAAUGGCUGUGUAGUACAGUGUUGUAAAGAGCUUUUGGUUAUCAUUUAUACAUAAAAUAAAGCUACUGAUGAUCA